GUCCACGUGUUCAGGAGCUGAAUGAACGGAGGAAGGCGACCUCCCCACACUCCAAAUCCCGUUCUGUGCCGUUCCGUCAGGCAGGUGUACAACGCCGUUCAUGUAUAAACUAGACCCUUCUCUGUACCAGCAAUCUUCUUUCUUGCCGUUGUUAAUAUUUUUAUUAUUCCCUCGAAAUAUCUUAAGCGAUCAGAGGUGCUAGGUCGAACCUCUGGGAGUUUCGAUUCUCUUACACACUGGUUAGUAUUUUAGUCAACAUUAUUUUUUUGCCAUUUCUUAUUAGGUUAUAAGUCGCUCUGGUUCUUGUGGUGCUGUUUGUCCACAUUAAUUAACGUGGCGGCCCCUGGCCGUUGUUUGGCUUGUAAUAUUUAGAAGUGAAAUUGAGGAAGGUGAAUAUAUACGCAGAGGGGCUUUCCGGCUGCCCCUCCGGUAUCCUGUCGCUCUCUAUAGAGCCCUAUACCAGGCCUCUCUUCACGUGGGGCUAUCCUUCUGUGGAAGGUUCUGCUUAUCUGGUGUGGAAGUGACUCGGUUAUUCUUGAAGCUGGCCGUUAGAUGAUCUGGGGAAGUUAGGGUUUGGUCUGAAUUGUGGACUCUGUACAAUGAGAGGCUGAAAUGAGGGUUUUGUUCUUCUCAUGGAGUUGUUUGCGUCCUUAUCUGGUGCGUAGCUCUGUUGAUUAUGCGGAAGGCGACGAGCCACUGGUGCGGAGUUCGUUUAGAAAACAUUCUUCGUGCCAUGGUUUCGAAAUUACUGAUAUUUUGAGUGCAGGGUUCAUCUGGAUGAGUUAGCCUGAGCAGGCUUUGUUUUAAAUUGGCUGCAAUCUUGGGGUUGUCGCCAUUCUCUUGCAGGAUUCUCAGUUAUUAAUGACAACUUGUACAUAUUGGAUUUUAUGUAGUACUUUAUUGGAGAAGCAGUCGUCUUCUUGCUAGGGAAUUUGUAUAGGUGUUAGAGUUGAAAGCCAUUGCAGCAUUGCAGGUUCGUUGUGGGUAGAUAUUGCUGGAAAGUAAAGCACCCCAAAGCCAUACCGUUUUGUACAAAGGAUAUAUCUUAAAACCAGUUUGGCGUGGUCUCUCUCUCAGUUGAGGGAGAGAAUAAGAAACGGAAGCACGGGGAUAGCUAAGGAGAAUUUGCAUGGGCGAUCAUGAAGGCUGGGCACAGCCAAACGGCCUCUUGCCCGGCGAAGCAGCAUUUGUCACACGACACUUAGACCCGGAAAGAUGGACUAAAGCUGAGGAGAGAACCGCAGAGCUGAUUGCAUGCAUCCAGCCGAAUCAGCCCUCCGAGGAGCGGAGGACAGCCGUUGCAGAUUAUGUGGAGCGCCUUAUCCACAAGUGCUUUGAAUGCCAGGUUUUUACCUUUGGUUCAGUUCCACUUAAAACCUAUUUGCCUGAUGGUGACAUUGAUCUCACUGCAUUCAGUUACCAUCAAUCUUUGAAGGACACAUGGGCCAAUGAAGUACGUGAUGUGCUUGAGAGUGAAGAAAAAAGCGAGCAUGCAAAAUUCCAUGUCAAAGAAGUUCAGUAUAUACAGGCUGAGGUGAAGUUAAUCAAGUGCCUUGUGGAGAACAUUGUAGUAGAUAUCUCCUUUAAUCAGCUUGGUGGAUUGUGUACUCUAUGUUUUCUAGAGGAGGUAGAUCAUUUGAUAGGGCAGAAUUAUUUAUUCAAGCGCAGUAUCAUCCUUGUCAAGGCUUGGUGCUAUUAUGAAAGUCGUAUCUUGGGUGCCCAUCAUGGGCUUAUUUCUACAUAUGCUUUGGAGACCUUGGUCUUGUACAUAUUUCAUGUGUUUAAUAAAUCUUUUAGUGGGCCCUUGGAGGUUCUGUAUCGGUUUUUGGCUUUUUUCAGCAAUUUUGAUUGGGAUAACUAUUGUGUUAGUUUGUGGGGUCCAAUACCUCUUUCUUCCCUUCCAGAUAUGACAGCGGAACCACCACGGAAGGAUGGAGGCAAGCUGCUUCUUGAUAAGGAAUUCCUUGAUGCUUGUCAUCAUUUCUAUGCAGUUUACCCAGUUGGUCAGGAGAAUCAAGGCCAGUCUUUUGUAUCAAAGCAUUUCAAUGUUGUCGAUCCAUUACGAAUAAGUAACAAUCUUGGACGCAGUGUAAGCAAAGGGAAUUUCUUCAGGAUACGCAGUGCUUUUGGCUUUGGUGCUCGGAAGCUGGCACGGAUACUGGAAUGCCCCAAAGAAUGUAUUAUUUCAGAAAUUGAUCAGUUCUUUAUGAAUACAUGGGAGCGGCAUGGCAGUGGACAGCGGCCUGAUGCACCUAGUCCUGAUGUAUUGUAUCUUCAACCAUCUAGAUCAGAUUCAAGUGAUAGUGUUCGUAACAACAGAAGCCUUGGUAUUUUUAAUAAUGAUGAUGAAGAAAACACAGGUAAAUGUAUUGGUCAGUUAAAAAUGAUUUCUGAUCGCUUGCUUUCAUUCAAUAUACAAGGGGAUGGGAGCAAACAUGUUCAGGGGAGUUCAAGUCCACUCACUGGGCUUGUAACACAUCAUGCUGAAGACAAUAGCUCUGCUAGUUCUUUUGAUCAAGAACCUUUGGUAAGCCAGGGUGUGCUUUCCAAACACAGUAAUACAUCUGAAGCUUCCAAAAUCAUGACAAAUAGAUAUCAUGAUCAGCAAUCUAUUUCAGAUAAAUCAUCCAAGUAUUCAAGCUCUGAAAGAAAUGCUACAAAAACUUUAAAGGGAUUAAAGGUAGACACUUCAAGGAUCGAUUCUGAAGAAAAAGGAAGAUUGCACAUUGUAAGACCUCAUUCAAGUCCUGAACUCACAGGUGUGCCCAGUGAAAUUCCUCGAGCAAGGCGAAUCAGAGGGGAAAUAACAGAUGCUGGUAGAAAUCAUGCUUCUUCUGUGAGGAUUGAACAUGCUGUUGUUGACCGGCGAAGAAAGAACAUGAGCUCUGAUUCCUCCAGUUCUCUUACAUCAAAAGCAACAUCAGUAAAUGAAUCAGUGCCUUUGAGAUGGAGCUCAUCUCAGGAGAACAUUGAUUCUGAUGAUUUAAGCGACUCUCAGAAUGGUGCCAACAUUUUCUUUACAAGUAACGAUUGCCAGGAUGCUGGUCUUGAUGUUCAAAGGGAAGAAGUCACACAACCCAAUGGAACAAUGGCAGCCCCUCUUCUUACACAUAAGAACAUGCAGGAUCCAGUUAAUUUGAUGGGUAUCCCACACCCACAGUUUGUAAAUAGACAAGCCUCACAAAUUCAUUUGCCAGUGAAUUUUGCACCUGUAGCUGUCCCUAUUUCACCCUCAGUUUUCACUUCAAUGGCAUAUGGUCCAGCAAAUCUCUCAGGAAUGGUUCACACAAGCCUUCCCCUAACUGAGCCAGCUUGGGGACCUGGUGGACAACCAGCCUCCUAUUCAAAUAUCCAGUUCCCUCAAGGUGUUCCAUCUGCAUUGCCACCGUAUUUAGCAAAUGUUGGAAUUGGAACUCAAGCACAUUUAGAAGAUUCGUCCAUGUCUGAAAAAUUAGGGGUAUCAGGAUCACAUCAUGAAGAAGAGGAAGUGCAUUACGAUACUAAUUUCUGUCAAAGAUUGGAGGACCAGGGAUCUCAAUGUGGGCAUGCUGGACCGGAUAUGAAGAAUGGAAGGGCUUUUCAUUUGGCUCAUUCAGAAACACUGUCAACAAGUCUUGAAAGGCCUGCUUCUCCUCGGGCACCUGUAGGUACAUCCACAGGCCUAUUUCUGAAAGGACAGAAUAAACUUGUUAAAGAUGUCAAAGGGCUUCCUCCAGUGGGACAAACAGAUUUUCCUUCAGCUUACAGUCCUCCCAUAGAUAAACACGACAAUGGAGAGCUCAGUCAGAAGGCAUUGACGACAAGCAGUCAAGAAAUUAGUUCCUCCAGAACGGUUGAAACAUGGACUGGGGCAACAGGAAGGGUUUCCAAGUAUCUUAAUAAGAAAGCCAGAGGAAGGGGAAACAACAAUGUUGAUUUUUCAAAUUCUAAGCUGAGAGACUUUUCAUCAUCUGGGAAAUCAAAUAUCAAUUGGCAAUUGGAAAACAGAAUGGAUGGAACACGUGCAGGAGAUGAGACUAGUAAUCAGGAUAAGCAUUUGUUUGGAGCUGCCAAUGCAAGUUCUCUGAACCAUGGAGACCGCUUUAUGCCACCUUUGCAUGGAAGUAGAUCAGCCAUACAAACAGCAUUUUAUCCAACUGGACCUCCUUUUCCAUUUUUCACUAUGCUUCCUGUAUAUAAUUUUUCUUCAGAGGGGGUAAGCAACGAAGAAUCAUCAAGUCCAUUUGAGGGUGUUGAUCCCAGUGAUGAUUCAUUUGAUAAUCGUCUGGAUCAACCUGAACACUGUCUUGAUAUUUCUUCAGCCUAUGAUUUGGGGGAAAGUUCAGAGCAUUCUUAUAUCUUUCCUUGUUCAAACAUAGGAGCUGUUGAGGGGUUGCCUGUGGAGAAUAGGGAUGAGAUGAAACCUCAUAUUGAUAUUCUUCAAAGUGACAUUCAAAGCCAUUGGAGGAAUUUGCAAUAUGGACGCUUUUGCCAAAAUCCACGCAUCCCUAGCCCAAUGAUUUAUCCAUCACCAGUGCCGAUGCCUCUAUACUUGCAGAGUCACUUACAAUGGGAUAGCUCUGGGAGACCUUUGUCUAACAUGCUCACUCAAUUUGUAAGCUAUGGGCAUGGAUUUGUUCCUGUUAGCUCUUUGCAGCCCAAUUCAAAUCGACCCAGUGGAAAUGUGCAACGUUUCAAUGCACCUAACCGAUUAUUUGGUGAAGAACUGCCUAGAUAUCGUGGUGGUACUGGAACUUAUCUUCCCAAUAUUAGACCAUACAGAGAGCGACAAUCAUCAGGAAGCAGAGGAAACCGUGUUACUUAUGGUCAAGAUCGCAAUGACCGUGGUAGUUAUGGUCAGGACCGCAAUGACCAUGGAGAUCAGGAUGCAGCUCCCAAAAAUAGGAGUGGUGGACGUGGUCAAAACAAACAUGAUGCCCGUAAUCAACCUCAGAAAUCAAAUUCAAGAGGUGAGAGGAACUCUGAGGGAAAGAUUGUGGAUAGGGUAUGGGAUUAUAAUAGGCAUGAUAAUUUUCGGAGAAGCUCAUAUCAAGUGCCACAUGCUCCUUUUGCAUCCGGAAAUUCUUCACUAAAUACAGGUAACUUCAUGCCACACAUGUCUGGGGGAAUGUCAUAUGGAAUGUAUCCUUUGCAGCCUAUAAACACAAAUGUUAAUGUUCAAGCAAUUCCAGGAAAUGGGCCUGCUGUUUCAUCAGUUGUCAUGCUAUAUCAUCCAUGUGAUAAUAGUAUGGCCUUUAUGCCUGAUCCUUUGGAGUUUGGGUCAUUGCGUCCUGGACAAUUUGGAGAGGCACAUGAAGGGCGGUAUAAUGACGGUGGUACAAGAGUGAAUGAUGGACAUGUUUAUGAACCGAAGCAUAAUUCUUAUCAGGCUAACUCAUCUUCUGGACGUUCACCGUCAGAUCAACCUUCGUCUCCUAAACACCAAAGGGACCUUUGAUUAUUUUGCCAGAUCACCUACACAACACAGUUAUCAAUUGACAGAGGAAGAUUUUCCACCUUUAAAAGGAGGAUCCAAUAGCUUCAACGCAGGAAACAACUCUAACAACAGAGGCUCUCAUUAUCAGGCAUUCUUGGUUACUCCAUCUUCCUAAGAAAUGGGCUUGUAGAAGAAAUGCUGCUGGGUUUCUUGUUUUAAAUUAAAAUCAUAGAAUCUAGAAAGCUUGUUGUACAUUGAAGUAAAUUUAUUUUUUCUUUCCCACACAGUAACUUUUAUCAUUCAUUCAAAGCUACUACUUUGUAUGCUAACAAAUUUAACCUGGUGACAUUGCCUAUUUUCCAAAGGCAUAGCAGCGGGAACAUUUAUUCUGUACUGUAGGUCUGCCUUGAAAAAGGCACUUUGAGAUUUCGUCUAAUAUUUUUGAAGGCCUCUUUAUCAUUUUUUUCAGUACUGUUUUAACUGUAGCAUAUUAAUCAACAAAGAAAAAUUAAAAUCGGCUUUUCCAAGAA